GACGCGCGAGAGGGUCUGGUACGAGGCUACACCGUACGCAACUUCAUUAAUUCUUGUGAAUGUUUGGAAUGCUCCUUUGUGGAGAAUAUGUUGAAAGUGUGACGUCAGUGCAUAUAUUGUGAAUGCGCUGUCAAACCAUUUGAUAUCAACUACGGCACUUGAAAUCUGCCGUACGACGUGCGGCGGAGUGUGAAGUAGCAGUUACUACCAGACGAGUUCAACUGAUUGUGAGACAUGACCUCAUACACAUACGACGUUGAGAAAGUGAUUCAGGCUGUGAUCGACCAUGGCGAGAGCCAAUAUUAUGAUAUCGCACAACAGUUGGGAAUGACGCCUGCUAAAAUUGAAUCAACCAUCGACCGUAUACCUGGAAAUGCAGGAAAACUGAAAGUUCUCAUUGACAAGAGGAGAGCAGCCAUAGACGAUGAAACUUUAAUUAGAGAGCUACUUGAUGCUUGUGACAAAAUACAAGAUCCUAUUGGAGGAGAUGUCAGGAGACAACUGGGUGGACAAGCAAGCCGACCUGCUGCUGCUGCUGCUGUUUUUGCUGCUAGUACAGGUGGAUCUGAUAUGACUGACGGACAUUCUAAACCAUCAGAUGCUAGACCAUUAGCCAUUGCAGCACUCUUUGUAACAGCAGUCAAAUCAGAGGAUAAGGCUCUUGAAGGGGUUUUGGAAAAGGUGGCGCCUAAGCUUAGUAAUAAUCCUAUAGAGUCUAAGGGAAAGCCGAUUAUGCCAUGCUGGUCAACAACGUGGCCACGCAAUGAAUCAUCUAGUAUCAAAGUCGGGAUGACAACACAAGCUGGCAUGGGUGCGGGACCCGCGACUGAUAUAGCAACGGCUGUAUACCAAGGAGUGGAAAAUGGAGCAAUACACAAGAAUGCCUUUGUAACCAUGGUGGGGGUGUGUGCAGGUCGUGAAAGCAAGGUCAGUUUGGGUGAUGUAUUGACGCCCUGGAAAAUCGCUAUUGAAUCAGGUGGAAAGAAUGAACCAGGAAGUCAUAAAGCAGCUGCCGAGUAUGUUGAAGUACGUUAUCGGAUGAAAGUUGCAGUUCUACAAGCAACAAGAGAUUUUGGCAAGGAAUUAGCUAACUAUAUUCCAGAUCAUCUGCAAGGCACACCAUCUCCAAGGUACCUUCUGGAUGCUACGCUUUUGAGCCUUCAACAACUGAAUGAGAAGACUGAAGAAUUACUUGACACUCUCACUGUACACGGAGAUCUAAUGAAACAAGGUAAGUAUGAGUGGCCUAAGAAAGUGAUAACACUGAAGGUUGUGGAAGAAGCGCUCGACAAGCUAGUCGACAUGAAAUAUGCAGAAACAGAUGAAGAAGGAAGAAAAUUCAAAAUAGCUUCAGCUGGCGAGGAAGAAAUAAAGAAGGUCAAGGAAACUGAACAUUUUCCUCGUACAGAUGAAGGGCCCAAAUUCUGGCAUGAUCCUGUACUACAAGGAAAUCAUAUGGAAAGUGCUAUGGAUGAUCGUAAGUGGGACGCACAGGCCCAACGUGCUGGUCAAAGAAAACUUGUUGGAUAUGAAAUGGAAGGGCACACAUUCUCGUCUCAAAUACUAAAGUGGUGCAAGGAUGUAAACCUUCUGUUCGUAAAGGUUGCAUCAGAUGUGGGUGAUAAAACAUACAAGAUGGAUUAUUAUCAAGAAUACGCUGCAUGUGUGGCCGCGGCAUUUGCUCUACACGUUCUGAAAACGACCCCUUCCCUUGCUGGCGGACAGUCUUAGAGAGACAUGUUUGCCACAGUUUUAGUUGCGUAGCUAUAGUUCAUUAGACAUUUACAUGCAUGCGUAGCUCUAACUGUGCAGUUCUCUAGCUAUGACAUGCAUGUAGACAUGUGUUGUGCUGCUGUGAGUGUACAUGCACAGAGCUGCAUGUACUUUUAGUUGUAGGCUUUUUCACAUUUGGAUUGUAGCUGGACGAAAUACAGUCUAUACAUAUAUCUACGUACAUUUUCUUUUGCAGUUUGAUUUGCAUAAUUAUUAGAAGAUUGAUGUGAUCCGAUUCAAGUUCUUACAUGAUAUCAGAUCAUAUCGUGUACAUACAUUCAUGCAUGGCUACCACUCCAUGGUUUGGGGGUUCAAACCCCAGUGAUGACAGUAAAUUAUGAAACUUGUCUUUCUUUCUUUCUCAUGUUUCUCUAGCUUUGUCCAUGAGACUAUGACUCGUUUCAGUCGUUGGUGAGUUUCUGUGGUCUUUCAGUGCUUUCCUGGUGGUCAUUGAUAUCCACUAAGCGUGCUGUCGACGAGUUCGCGGUCACCGUAAUGCCUGCAAUCUGUUGCAGAGUUCCCUACGACGGACGCAGCACCCUAUCGAGUGUGGACGCGUGGACUGCUCAACGGUUGACCGAGCCGUUUUAUUGUGAA